AUGUUUCGCCCGAUAGUCAGACGCGCCGCCGUGCAGGCCUCGCGCAGCAGCGCUCCAUCGCGGAGAUUUCUCAGCACCGCACCUCCACACGCAAAGUCACGAAGCUGGAAGAACUCGGCUGUGAGAUGGACAUUGGCUGGUGCUUUGGUCUACUACUACAACACGAGCAAUGUCUUCGCCGAGGAGCAAUCUUAUGUCAGACAUGCGCCACCGGAGACACAGAUUGAGUCCGAGACUCUUCCCACCCUCGAUGCAGUGACGGCGAAACGUCACGCUCUUCAGGCCCAAGUCAAGGCCGACGCAGAGAACGACGCACGAAAGGUUGCUGCCACCGCAACCGACGCCGUACACAAGGUCCGCGAGGCUACCACGAACGCUCCCGUACCAGAGCCUGAAGACGGUGCUCCCGCCGGAUCGCCGCAGGAUCUGGAAGAGGAGGCCGGUCAACAGGGUGCUUUCAACGAGGAAACGGGCGAGAUCAAUUGGGACUGUCCAUGCCUCGGCGGUAUGGCUCACGGACCUUGUGGCGAGCAGUUCAGAGAGGCUUUCAGCUGCUUUGUCUUCUCCAAGGAGGAGCCCAAGGGUAUGGACUGCAUCGAAAAGUUCAAGGACAUGCAGAACUGCUUCCGCGAGCACCCCGACGUCUACGGUGCAGAGCUCGAGGAUGAUGUCGAGGCUGAGGCAAGAGAGCAAGACGGUGGUAGCCGAGCUGGUCAGCCUGAGCAGUCUCAACAACCCAAGCAGCCCAAGGCCAACCCUGAAGCUGAGAAGGUUGCCGACAGCGGACCCGAUAGUCAGAAGGCUAUCCAAGGAAAGAGAGAGCGUUCCAACGCUGCAACCGAGCAAGUCAACCGCGACCAUGGUAUCAUGAGCGAGUCUGACAGCCUCGUGCCCAAGGCCGCACACGAUGCAACCGGACAGCAAAGCAAGGGCGACAAAUAG